UUCCCUCAGCAGCCGGGCUGCGGCGCUGUUUCCUAGGCUGCUGAACUGCCUCUAUUUGCUGAAGGACUAUGUUGUAAAAAUCUUUCAAACUUGUUUCUCUGCACCGUUUCUCGGGCUUUCCGGGGUUCCGGUCGGUGGUUUCGGGGCCCGUGUGAGCGCCGGUGCCUGCCUACGGCUGGACCGGGCCGGGUUGGAUCUUCUCCGGCUGCAGCUCGAGCGGUUUUCUGCUGCUGGCUGGAGGUUUGAGACCAAGUUAGCUCAACAGCUAAUCCGAAAAGUCACGUCAGCGGCGCGGACUCGAAUUAAAAGUUUCUCGGUGGAGUCGGAACGACCGGUGGAGCGUCGCUUAUCUACCGUUAGGAAACUUUGUCCCGGAGGUUUAGCGCGCCGUUCUUUCUCGGUUUAACGCGGCCGUUAAUUUGCGGUUCAGACAGCCGUAAGUGAAGCGGAGCUGCGGGGAUACGGGACGGACCGGCCCGCAGACACACAAGGAUAACGUGUUGGUCGGAGGGAGAUGCGGUAGAGAGCGGAGAGCUUCGGUGUUCAGCCCGCUGACUCGGCGGCUCCGGGUUUGCGGCCAGUGAGGCCUGCGGGUCAGGCUUCCACCGGGCUCGAGUAGAGCCCAACGCCGCCGUCGGCAGGUCGAAGGCCGGCAGUUGACGCCGCCACCGCCGGGCCUGCGCACCGAGGUAUGGAACGGAUGGAAGUGGACCAGUGCGCAGGCGCAGCUGGCGGGGCAGGAGGCGGGGCUCUCCGCAGAUCGAACAGCGCCCCUAUGAUCACGAGUGUCAGCGAUGGGAUGACCGUCUUCAGUCCCGUGUCUUCAGCUCGAUACCGACGAAGCAGCGUCUCCAUCAACCCCAGCUGCCCUUCACAGCUCGUCCCUUUAUCUCCUUUCUCUCUGACCGGAGAUCGACUCGACCAGAAGAGGCAGGAGGAGAACAUGGAGACGACGCUCAGAGGGAGUCUGCAGAGACUCAGUCCUUCCAGUCUGAUCCCAGUUCCUCCAGUCCAGUGGCACGACCACACAUCAGUGUGGUUUCCGUCACAGGACAGCGGUGUCACUCCCAACUCGUCUCCGAGUCCCACAAGGAGGUUCAGACCUGCAGUCAGCGCCACCGUCAGGUGGCCGGCGUUAACGCCUCUGAAGAGGAAAGGAGGGGUGGAGUCUGACGGACCCCCAAAGAAGCUUUUUGUUGCCGGGGUGACAGACCCCGCCCUCCGCAGCAGCUACACAGUCAGCGUCUCCCAGGCGACGGCCGACUCCCCCCCAGCAGGGGGCGUCAGUCCUCAGUCCGGCCGUCUGUCUCUGUCUCCUCCCCCGUCCUUUACCCCCUUCACCUCCCACCAGCACCCGGGACACUGAGGCCCCGCCCCCCGCCACCUGGGCCACCACCAGCACUUCCUGUUUCUGCUCCAAUCACCUGCCAGCAUCACUGUAAGUCCCGCCUCCUCACCACCGCCUCACCUGACUGACAGACGACGCCUUCAGCUGGUUUGAGUUUCACUUUGUUCGGAUAGUUUUUAUUUUUCUAAAAAGCUCCAGACACAUUUUUGUUUUUCUGGAAGUUUCUGAUCUGGAGAAGAUUCAUCAUCAGCAUCCUGAUCAGACUCAAGGAGAAGAGGAUUGUGGGUAAUCGUAGGUAAACCUGAACACCAAACAAACUGAGGUUUACUUCCUGGUUCAGAUCGAAUCUGUCGGAUGUUCUGAUGAGGUCUCGGGUUGUUCCUGAGAACGAAGCCAAACAGCAGGCCUUUGGUUCUGGAGCGUCGACAGUUUGAUCCGCUCCUUUGUUCUCUGUAGAGGAGCGUCUGGACUCCAGCUCAUCAUUCCCAAACAAACACCCUGAACAUAUCUUCGUCCAAACCUUCAGUCCUGAAGCUCUCUGGUUCCUCUGAACAAAGCUUCAGUCCUCGAAGGCUUUUUGUGUUUUAGUAAAACUCUCGUCCUGUCGGCUGAGUGUUGGCUCAGUGCCGGUGGUUGUUGAGGAUGUUGUUGGCGUAGCGGGACGGCAGCAGCUCGUCUGGCUGUUAAUAGUGUAUCUAUAUGUGAAUACCUUCCUCAGCCUGCAGGGUCUAAAUGUACAUAGUGAAUCUUCCUUCUCUGAGCUGCAUUUAUACUUUUUAUUCUUCUCUCCGACCGACUUGUUCUACUCCACACCGUUCUCCAGAAACAUGAAGAUCGGACGCUUGUCGAGGUCGUCUGAUUGGUUAAAGACAGUUUAAAUGUGGAACAAAACCCCAGGAACCAGAACCCUAAGACCAACGCUGGACUCUGUUUUUAGGGUGGAUUGUAAAUCUGACAAUAAGUCACUACUGCCAGUCCUGAAAUGUUUUUUUAAGAGUCAAAAUCGAUUCUUAGCAACCCAGGAGACCAAUAACACAACCUUCAACACAAACCUUUGUUGAACUUUUGAACGCUACACUACGGUUACAAAGUUUGGGGUCACUUAGAAAUGUUGUUAUUGUUGAAAGAGAAGCAGUUUUUUCAAUGAAGACAACAUUAAAUGAACGAUAAAUCCAGUCCAGUUUUCACAGCAUUCUAAGCAGUUUUUUUUGACAAAUGUUGGAUCACUCUGGGCAAUUUUGAGUCCAUUAGGAUGGUUUUUGGAUAUGUUCCAAAGCAGUUUAGACAGUAUUUAACUUAUUUUGGACACAAUCGAAGGUAUUCAUGGCCAUUUUCAGUUAAUUUGCACAAUUUCGAAAGCAUUUUAAAAAGCUUUAAACUCAAUUUACUCAAGUUUCAAGUAAUUUUGGGCAAAUGUGUCUCUGUUGGGAAUAUUUUAGACUCAUUCUGGACAAGUUUCAGGUCAUUUUGAAAAUGUUUUGGGUUAUUUGGGGCGCUUUUGGCUCCUUUUUCACAAUUUUUGAGCAUUACUACAUUGUUAAUGUGGUAAAUGACUGUUCUAGCUGGAAAUCUUUAAUGGAAUAUCUCCAUAGGGGUACAGAGGAACAUUUCCAGCAACCAUCACUCCUGUGUUCUAAUGCUACAUUGUGUUAGUUAAUGGUGCUGAAAGGCUCAUUGAUGAUUAGAAAGCCCUUGUGCAGUUAUGUUAGCACAUGGAUAAAAGUGUGGAAAACAUGAAACUAUCUGGGCGACCCCAAACUUUUGAACAAUAGUGAAGAUGGUUUUAAUUCAAACUGAACUUUUCAACAUGUAACUUUCAUUUUUAAAUUCAUGUAGCUUCUUAAAAAAACAGAUAAUUGGAGAAACGCUGAAUAUUGGAUCCAAACCGGUUGAUUUCUAGUAGUUCUGAGCUGAACCAGACGUUUCAACAUCCGUUUAUUUGAUGUGAUUUUGCACGUUUUUGCCGCAUUGUGUUCCAAACUAUUACCGCUAAAUACCUGGGAUGUUGUCGUAUGAUCCGUCGGCCCUGGUUCUAGUUUAAUGGCUUUAUUCUGAAAGCAAAGGAGCCUCUAUCAGAGCACGAUUAGGUCUGUGGUGAAACUACAAUCUGUUUAACGUAACCUGAAACUGAUCCAAAAAGACUUAAAUUUUCAAGAAUUACUGAAAAUGUGUCCAGAAAUACUCAAAAGUCAAUUUAACCAAAGAAAAAUGUGCUGACAUUCAGUCAGAAUAAACGACCUCCAUCAGGUCGGACCGGUCCAAAGUGGUAAAAACGUGGGGGUGUUCUGUUCCUCCAGACAUAAUGGAUUAAUCCUGGACGCCACAGGUCCACCAGUAGACGGUGGUCCACCAGUAGAGGCUCAUUACUAGAUGUUUGCCAUCAGGUUCCUUCAGACGUCCUUCACUAACAUUUGUCCAGUGAGCAGCGGUUCACCAGCCUGGAUCUGAAUGUUUCGCCUCGAUAGAAGAUGAGCACAAAGUCGACUUCCUGAAGUCUCGGGGGUCAGCGGACGGUCGGACGGUUGCAGUUCUGCUUCCAGCUUUUGCACUUUGACAGUUUGUACAGUUUUGUACUUUCACUCAUCGUUGUGCCUGAACAUGUCGUCAUUUUGGAGGAUUCAAACGUCCAAUCCGAGGUUUUACCGACGUCCCACCUUCACCUGCGAGGUGUGUUCAAGCGUCUCUAUAAGCUGUUUCCAUUCAAGUGUCUUUAUUCUCCACUGAAGAGUUGCUCCAAACGCUUCCUCAGCGGCAGGUUUGACGUAAUGUUUCCGAACUUUGCACAGUGAGACCAUUUGAAACUUUCUGUUACGUGGUCGUGUAAGAAAUGCAGUUGAGUUUUGAUGCUUUUUGUUUUCUUGCUUUAUUUUUUAGCGUUACCUCCUGAGAGUCUGUCCCGUUUCAGAGUUUGUCAGGAGUGAAAAUACGGCUUUAAAAUAUCUAGUAGCAGCACAAAAAGCACAAAUAUCUGCACACAAUGAAGGACAAUAUCUGAUCUCUAUAUGUACAGUACAUGUACAAAUUAAAAAGGAAAAAUUAUGGGCUGACUGUUUACAGAUUCCAGAAAGACAUUUUACAAACUAGUUAACGGCUGACUGAAGACACCACCUGACUCCACACCACCGUCUGCUCUGCUACAUGCGCUGCAGACUGCGUCAUCUCACCGUUUUUAAAUUAGCAUCCUUUACUGAGUUAUAUUCUCAUAAAAAAAGUUCUCAUUUAGAUAUAAUAUCGGUAGAUCUGUGACACAAUAUAUUUUUCUAACACCAAAACUUCACCGUACGAAUAAAAUCUACUUGUAUUGAACAAUGGAAUCCAAAGUUGUGGAAGUGACGGUCUAGAGGGUAUUUUAGGAUGUUUUGCUUCCAGAACCGGUAGAAAACAAACAUCCAAAAUACACAUUUAGAUGUUUAUAUUGGUUUAGUUUUUUGGAAAUGCAUGCAUGUCAUGUAUUUUUACGAAGGUUAUGCUAAAUUUGUUUACAUAAACUUACAGUUUCAGAAGGCCUCUAAUUGGAAAAGCACAAAUAAUCAACUGAUUGGUCGUUAAAUCAGCAGCAGCAGCCACAGAAACCAAACUUUCCCGUUUUAUUCUUUUUCAAAGGAUUUAUUUCAUUUUGCUCACAAAAACAUGGACAUUUUGUUUUCUGGUUGACAAAAUGAAACAAGAUCUGAUUCUGAAAUUUAAGAUAUCUUUAGUUUUAUUUCUAAAAAAUCCAGCAUAAAAACCUGGAUUCAAAUCAAACGUGUGUUUCAUGAAAGAAUAAAAAAAUAAAAGUACAGGUUAGAUUUAAUGUUGGCUUCAUAUCAGAUUUAGGUUUUUAAAGUUCAAUAACCAAACUUUGCUGAGUUUUUAUAUCAACAAGAAGGAAAAAGUGUCUGAAUUAGUCCAAAUUUGAUCAGAUUUUGGUCGAUUAAAACACAUCAUCAUCUGCAUAUGUGUUGAUAUCUAUCAGCCCUCUCAUGUUUACGUCUCAGAAAACUUUAUCUUCUCAUAUCAGCAGCAGAACGUUCAUUUAUGUUUAAUGACAGAACUGAUCUUCAGAGAUUAAAGCUAGAACCGGUGAUGCAGGUUGUGAGGUUCUAGUGACGGACAGACUCUGAACUGAGACGUUCCUCAGAGGAAACGACAAGCUGCCAAACUCAUGUCGCUGUACAGACACAAACUGUAGCUUUAAGGUGUGUUACUUUGAACUUUGCACAUUUAGAACCCGUUCUGUCGGCGUCCACAUAUGAAGAGACAAACAGUUUUCAUGUAGCCGCAUCAAAAUGUGACGAGAACGUUGUAGUUUCUGCUUCAGAGAACGUUUUCAAGCCAAAAAUUCUUCUACGUGUGCAGCAGAUUGUCGGAGGAAGAGUGUUGUCAGUGUUCUUUAAAUGUUCCUUAAAGCGUCCCGUCAUGUUCUCCGAGAACAUAACGGGUUCAGGAUCGGAUAGUCGGGUUCUCCCAGCUGUCAGGGAACGUUCCCACAACAUUGGCUACAUCACCUACAAGUUCUAAUAACUUCAUACAGAAAACGUUUAAACCAGAUCUCCAAAGUUUUAAGAAGAUUCUCAGUUCCUUGAAUGUUCUAAAGUUAAAACAUUUUAAUGUCAGCGUUCAGAGGACGUUGUCAGGAACACACAUUAUGUUCCAGGACAGAACGUUCCCACACCAACGCUCAAAGAAUGUUUUUCAGACGAUAUCGAAGCCUCAGUGAAACGUUUUUGUAAUGUGAGGAAUUGACAAAGGUGGAACAUUCUGCCUGCAAUGUUCUGAGGAUGUUGUUGAAGAACAUAUUAUAGAACGUUCUUCAGUCAUUCUCCAAUGUCCCUUUGAUAACAGAGUAAGAAUGUUCUUAAACCAAAAUUCAAAUGAUGUUUUCCAGAUGUUAUCGAGGCCUCAGAUGACAGAACGUUUUAUAAUGUUCCUCUAAUGUGAUACAUUGAAGGUAGAACGCACAUUAUAGAAUGUUCUUCCAUAACAUGUUUCUCCAAUGAUAACAAAAGAAGAAUGUUCUCAAUGCAACAUUCAGAAAAUGUUUUCAAGCCGCAGGUGACAGAACGUUCCUGUACUAUGAUGUAUUAAUGUAAAGGUAGAACAUUGCAGCUACAAUGUUCUGGGAAGUUUUGCGGAUUUUCUGUCAAACUAAAAAUUAGAAAACGUUUCCACAAUGUGCAACAUUCAGAUUUGAGAACAUUGAAGUGUAACGGUCUAACAAUGUUCUUACCAAAAGUUUGUAAUUAAACUGCAUUUAAGAAGAACAUUCCAGGAACUAGAAUGGUGAAAACAUUGGCAGCAGAACUUUGAAUGUUUUUGGAACUAGAACCUCUGACAGCACCUAGAAGGUUUUAGAACUUCAUUCACACUGUGUUUUUUGAGUUUUAUCUUCUGGCUCCAGCGUUCCUCCUGAAAUGUCGGAUCUUCAGCUGCUUUGUCUUUGAUUCCUAGAGACUGAAGCGUUCCGUUGGACGUUCUUACUGUGAGUUCAUUACAAACUUUCUUUAUCUUCUUCCUCCUGGUGACCAGAGAACCGUUGACGUUCUGUUUGUUCCUCGUAGCGAGAAACCAGUUUUAUCAGUAUUAAAGCCACAUUUCACUCUGGCAGAACGCAGUGAUUUCACCAUUCAAGGAGCAGCGGAGAACCGUUCCGUGGUUCCAAUCACGUUCUGUCUGUUUCUACAGAUUAAUGCAUCAUUUUUUGGUGACUGAGACGAAUAAACGCCACAAAUCACAUCCAUAAAAUGUCUGCAAACGUCGAGUUGCGUUGUGGUCGAUGUUUAGUCCCUGAGGUUCCUUCUGACUAGCAGGAAACGUUUCCAGAACAUUAGUUAACACAUUUACAAAUUCUGAUCGUGUCUGAAGCUUGAUUCGUUUUAGAAGUUUAAAUCUAAUGUUCAAAAGAACGUUGUAAAGAUGUUUUUCAUUUUAAGUAAUGUUCUGUGAGGUUAAAAUGGAGCUGAGAACAGCAGAAUGUUCCAGUAAUGUGAUAGAUUAACCCUGCAAUGUUCUCAGGAUGUUUUGAAAAUAUUUCCAAAAAUGUUCCUGUGAGCUAACAUGAAACAUUUUAACAUUCAGAGGAUGUUUGCAAAACGCUCUCAGAUUAUGUUCCAUGAUAACAAAGGAAGAACGUUCAGGAAUGUUGUCCAGAUGUUAUCGAGGCCUCAGACGACAGAACUUUCUGGAUAAGAACGUUCCAAUAAUCUGUAAUUUCAGAAAAGCUGGAACAUUUAGGCUGAAGUUCUCCCAAAGUGUUGCACGAGAAUAAAUUGUUUUUGCCAAACUUUCUGAGAACGUUGGGGAACAACAGUCCAGCAACGUUAUCCCCAAACACUUUUAGAACAUCUUUAGAGAACAUUAUCCUGCUCUAGAGGAGGAGCUUCAGUAAAAAGCAGAUGGACUUCACUUUGAGGUUCUUGAAGAUUUCUUAACUUUGAUUCUUCUAGAACCUAAAAGUUCCAUCCAGGUCAGGAUGAUGUGAGGAGAUUAUUUGUCUCCGUCGCCUAAAACGAUGCAUUAAUAACCAACGAGAGUCCAGCUGCUCUUCCAAAGGACAGAACGGAACUAAAACCGCUGAAACGUUUUGAGAAUAGACCUUUAUUGUCACUGUUACAGAAAACAAUGAAAAUCAGUUUAGUACUCUGUGAAUAUCAGCAUUAUUGGAGAACAAAUCUUGAACUGAGGUCUGAAUUUUAGUCUUUUCCAGAACUUUUAACGGCGUCUUCAUGAGCAGCGUUUUACUAAAGGUAUUUACACAUCAGCCACAUUAAAAAAACAUAAGAACAACUCCUAAUUUCUCAAAUUCUCGCCUGAAUUUGCACCGAAAACUUUCAUCAAUCGUUCCGUUUAUCAGCAGCUCAACCUCCAUAAAAGAAGUUUGUAGAAAACAGAGAAGUUAGCAAACACGGAAUAAAACGAAACCAAAUCAUGAACUAAUAUCAUCUGUUUGUUGAAAUAUGUUCAUAAUUAGCGACAGAAUUUUUACCUUAAUGAGCUGACUGAAGAUCAGGAGAUCUGGUUGAAAGAUCUGGAAAGUCUAAGAUCUGGACCUUCAGUGUGUCAAACGGCUGUUUCUAGAGUUUUUAUGGAGUUUUCUGACAAUCAGAACGACGUGAUUUCAAAGUAUUUUCCGACUUAAGCUAAAUACUAAAAUGCAACUGAACCGUGUUUUAGUUUUAGCUCAUUUCUGUUUUGCUAAAAACACGUUUUCUCGAUAAACUGAACAUUGCAGCAGACAGAAAUGAAAGAAAGCACUUUAAAUUAAUGAAAUCGAUGCUCCAAGCUUUAUCCUUUUAUUUAACUUGUCACCAGAACGUCAGUUUGUCAGAUUUGGUUGGAAACUGCCGGCGAUCUACCAGAGUGAGAGCCGACUUUAGAAAGGGCUGCUAGCGUUGGAUGGGAGGCGACGAAGGGAACUAGAAGCACAUCUGUAGAAGCGACUGUUUUCACACUGUAAAUACAAAACAAGUUUCUUCUUUCUUUUACGUAACACAAAACCAGAUGAGGUAUUUUUAUGCAAGUGAAAAAUCAAAGACUAUAUUCAAGUGUUCAUUCCCUCGUGAUGAUCGCAUGGCUGUAAAAAAAAAGACCCAGAAUGACUUUAGUUUUUAGUGGAACCUCUUCAUGUACACUCUAUAAAUAUAUAUUAUAUUGUAUAUGAAAACUAUCAAUAAAACAAAGAUGUACCUUCA